UCAUCCUUUCACAUCCUUCAUACAAGACAAAACCCUCACAAAAAUAUUAUAAUAAUACCAUGUUCUAAUAUACUACAAUAUAUACAUAUAUAUAUAUACAUAGUAGUCUAUAAAACCAAACACUAUCAUCUCUUUGCUUCUUUCUAUCUCCAUCUUCAUCUUCAUCUCUGAACAUGGGAAGAGCUCCAUGUUGUGACAAAGCCAAUGUAAAGAGAGGUCCAUGGUCACCAGAAGAGGAUGCCCUUCUCAAGUCUUAUCUUCACAAGCAUGGAACUGGUGGCAACUGGAUUGCUUUACCUCUCAAAGCAGGGCUUAAAAGAUGUGGGAAGAGUUGCCGUUUAAGAUGGCUAAACUAUCUCAGACCAGACAUCAAGCAUGGUGGUUUCACUGAACAAGAAGAUCAGAUCAUCUACUCACUCUAUAACAACAUUGGAAGCAGGUGGUCUGUUAUAGCUUCACACUUGCCUGGAAGAACUGAUAAUGAUGUCAAGAACUAUUGGAACACUAAGUUAAAGAAGAAGUUAAUGAUCCCUUCCUGCAUUACUACUGCACCUCCACCACCACCACCACCACCCCCACCUCCACCACCACCACCACCAACAACAACAGCAGCAGCAACUGCAACUGCAACUGCAACUGCAACAACUUAUUCAUUCAUGAAAACAGAUCAAACACAUGACAACUAUGAUCACUAUAAUGAGUUGUUAAUGGGUUCUAGUAGUUAUGGAUUUGUUCCAUCAGAGCUAAUGCAAGGUUUUUCUCCGGCCGAAGACUUCUCGGCGGCGUCUUCGUCCUCAGUGAUCACUAUGGAUAGCAAUAGCACCAACAGUGGGUACCUUAACUGGAGUUCUAACUCUGCCGGAGUUUGUGUUGAUGAUGUUUUACUCACUGAAUUUGGGUUUGGUUCUUCUUUCAGUGAGUUCCUUUGUGGUUAUAACAGUUACAGUGAAAGAUUUGAGGACAUGACUCUCUCAUACUGUCAUACAACAAAAGAGAGACCCUUUAAUCAUCUUCAUUAAUUCACUAAUUUCCUCAGUUUAGUUUAGUUUAGUUCAGUUCUCAUGUAUCUUCUUUUCCUUGAUUACUAACUUCUGUUAAUGAUAACCACUGUUAUGUAUAAAUAUUUAUAUAUUUAUAUUGUUAAGAUUUA